CCGCCGGCCAAGGAGCUGGGCUGCCUGCUGACGACGACGACGACGACGACGAGCCGGGUACAAGGCCGAGCCGGGCCAGCCACUUCUCUGCUCAACACCAUCACCACCACCGCCGAGCUCGACGCCGAAGCUCGCACCUGCCGCUGCUCCCACGACGCAGCCGCGCUCUUUGUGUCACCCACCGGGCGGCGCUCGGCUCUUGUCCCAGCAGCUGGGCCCCUCUCAGCGGCAGGGCUCAUCGAUCAGCAGCGCAUCAGCGUCUCUCUUCUCCUCCGCAUCCAUCUCCUCCGCCUCGUCUACGCUCCGGCAGCCCGCUCCUCGCACGCCCUCCACCAGCUGCGCAUACGCACCCCGCGCGUGACACAUGGCCGCUGCGGCGGCGCCAGGAGCCGGGCGCUUCCUGGCUGUCUGCGGCGCCGUCUGCCUGCUCGCAGCCGCGGGCGCAGCUGCCUCGCGCCUCGACGAUGCGCCCGCGGCGCUGCUGUACGAGCGGGCUGCCGAGGCAGCGCAGCUGGGCCGCCGCGCCUCGGCGGUGAACCCGAGCGACGACUCCGUCUUUCUCCACCUCGACGCGGAGCACAUCCAGGCGCUGGUCGCAGGGCUGGUGAUCGUCUCGUUCUGGCUCGGCGCCCUCGGCUGGGACGUGCUGAGCACGCUGGGCUUCGACUACAUCCUGCUGCGCCAGACGCGCUGGCGCUCCAUCCCAUCCGCCGUGCACUCGCUGGCCUACCUGCUCUCGCGCUAUGCCAACGUCGCUUGGCUCGUCGUCACGGCGACGAGCACCAUCACGCGUACGGACCAGUGCACGCAGCGGGCGAGGCUCAGUGCGGGCCUGUUCGCUGUCGGUCUCUGCUCGACCACGCUCGUGUUCCUGCUCCGCACGCUUGCGCUCUGGCACUUCCAGCUGCGCGUGGUGGUGCCGCUGACCGUGUCCUGGCUGCUCGUCGUCGCCUGGUCGGCAGUGAUCCCGGUGCAAACCGUCAUCCGCCCGCUGGCCGGCGGCUUCUGCGACUGGACGCUUGACCACCUCGGUGCCGUGUACCUCUUCGCCUUCGUCUUCCUCUUCGACGCCCUCGCGCUGGCCUUCACCGUGCUGAAGCUCAAUCGUGCGGGCUGGCGUGGCCUGGUGCGUGGCCUGCUGCCGCAGACCGGCGCCGACAUCCGCGGCGAGGACGCGGUGUCUGUCAUGCUCGUGCAGCGCACCACGGCGUUCUUCGUCCUGCAGUACGCUCUGCUCAUCAGUGCGAUCGUGCUGUACACGCGGUCGCGCCAUGCAGCGUACCGCCUCGUCCAGAUCGUCGCCUGCCAGGCCGUGUCUGCCAUCAUGGCUGGGCGCCUCUUCCGCAAGUCGUGGCGGUUGACUCGCGGCAAGAGCACAGCCCAGGCAUACGCCGCUCCGCCUCGCUACUCGUCUGCCUCGGCAGACAUCGGGCGGCGCGACUCGGAGCGCCCCGACGACGGCGGCAUCAGCGAGGUGCCGCUGCACGCCGCACACGUCCGUCCGGACGAUCUGAGCAAGGAGAGCGUGUACGUCGAAGGCGACUUCCCUCCGCUGUUCAGCCCCGGCAAGCGCCUCUCCGUUCGCUCCCUGGGCCACGCGCGCGACUUGCCGACGUCGGUCGAUGCGGCACUUGAGUCGCAGGACUCCGUCUCGGUUCGCAUCGAGAGGCAAGACGGCGACGUCGACCUGACUCAGCAUGAGAAGCGCAUGACGCUCUCGCGCUGGCCGGGCGAUCCGACGUGGCGGAUCGAUGCGCCAAAUGUGGUCCCAGCGCUGGACAUGUACGGUGCGGCGUCGCCGCCGCGCACCGCUGAGCGGCGCUCGGUCACUUCGCGCUCGUCGUCGAACCAUCACGCCAGCCGACCAUGCACGGGCGACACGCCACCAUCGACCAGCAGCCGCUCGGCUGAGCGACGUGGCUUUGCCGGCCUCGCCGAGGCGUUCCACGACAGCAUGUCGCGCAGCCACGACCCGCCUGCUGCUGCGCCCUCGCGGGUGCGCGUCCGGCCAGUCACGUCGCCGUCCGACGUGCGACUCGACAUCGACCAGCCGCCAGAGCGCAGCCGGCUCUGUCUCGACCUGCAUGCCUACCACUCGCAGGGCGGCGAAGACGGCUCCUCGUCGCUGGCGAGCAGCGCCAUGCGCGGCUCGAUCAGCUCGCGCCUGUCGGCGCCGCUGCUGCGCAACACUGACUCGUGGCACGAGUCCGUCGCGGGCUCGCCUAUCGCCCGUCCACGGAGCACUCGACGACGACCUCGCGACGCGAUCGUCGAUAGUGCCACGUCAGCCGAGCGCCGUCUGGAUGAGCACGCCCGGUGGCGCUACGCCCACGACGACGGCAGCAGCUCGGCAGACGGCUCGAUGCGCACGAUUCGCGCCAACGCCGGACGCGCUCGCUCUGGUAGCGACGGCACGGCCAUCGCUCGUCACUCCUCACGUUCCUUCCUCGCAUCGCCGGCCAUCAGCGGCGGAGCUGCGCUCGGCUCGCCGCGCGAGCGCCACACCUACGACCUCGAUGCCCUGCGGGCGGCGGCGCACAUCCCUGAUCCUGCCGUCUCGCCUACUUCGCAGCCCGCCGCUCUGCCUUCCUCGCCGCCAGUCUCUUCUUCUGGCCGCAUUGCCGCACAUGCCGCGCAGCGCAUGUCGCAGUCUCCUGCCUUGUCGUCGUCGGAGGGAGCCGAGCGUUCUCGCACCCGAAGCGUGGCGGCGCUCUCCCGUCAAACGCGCACGAGCUUCUCGGCAUUCGCAGCCGACGACGACGGCGACGAUGCGCUGCAUGCCUUCAGGCAGGUCAUCGAUGCCGAUGCAGCUGCGCGUGCCAUGCGCCCCAGCGUCUGGACAUCUGCGAGCUCGGCCGCUGGCGACGAUGCCGGACGCCCGCGCACCUCACGCGGCGCUGCACUUGGUGCUUUCGGCCAGCCCAGACUGGGCACAGCCGACGAUGCAGACGAGACUGCCCGCCCGACUACCAGCCACAGCCGCGGCGCCCGACGCUCGCCGCGCGCCUCAGUGCCCGAGGCUGACUUCGAGACGCCCUUCCUGCACGAGGUGCCAGCUCUGCCUUCUCAGCCCGCCGCGCUGCCCGACGCCGACGCGGCCGCGCAGCCCGAGUCGUUCAUCGCCGAGCAGUUCGAGCGUCUCGCUGCGGCUGCUGCACGCCCUUCAGCCGAGUUUGGCAUGCGUCUCGACUCGCUCUCGCCGCCGCCGUCGCCCGAGAUGACGCGCUCUCCUUCGCUUGCAUCGAGCCACGACCUGCACAUGCGCUGAGCUGCGCUCGCCCGCACCGCAUCCUCCCUUGCCCCACCUUUGACCCUCGCUCAUUCCUCCAUCACACCCUGCCUGUGCGCACUCAUUCACUCGAUACCACCCUCUGCAUUCAGUCCCGUGCGCCGCAAGGCAGCCAAGUCAUUCAUUCAUUAGAUC